AUGGCUGCAAACGACACCAUGAGCUCCGAGAAAGCCGCAAGAGACUCUCCAGUCAUCUCUGAAAAAGUUGACGCCGAUGUCUAUGUUCUCGAUGUAGACACAGCAAAGUUGGCCGCACUGGGCUACAAGAGCGAAUUCAAACGCGAAUUUUCGCUCCUAGAGACAUGCGCUUUCAGCUUUAGUAUCAUGGGAAUCGUCGCCUCUAUAUCCUCGACCUUGUCGUUCGGACUAGUCAACGGCGGACACGUUGGAUUUGUAUGGGGAUGGUUCAUUCCCUGCUUCUUCGUUUGUUUCUUCGUGGCUCCAAGCAUGGCAGAAAUGGCCUCUUCAAUGCCGACAAGUGCUGGAUUGUACUACUUUUCUGCGAAACUGGCACCUGAAAAACACGCUCCACUGGCCAGCUGGAUUACAGGUGCAAACCUACCUCAUGUUGCAGUGGUGCUCAUUCCAUACCAGGAUGGGUAUGAUCAACCAAGGACGGGACUGAGCCUGACAAUGAUCACGACCGCCAUCGCCGUCAGUACUGACGGUAAAACUGUUCUUUCUCUUGGGGCGACCUAUGGAAUCCUUGUGGCCAUCCUGGUCUCUCAUGGAAUUGUGUGCUCAACUACAACCAAGAUUCUCGCUCGCUUGAAUCUAUUUUAUGUAGUUGUCAAUGUGGGUACCACCAUCGCGGCGAUUAUCGCUCUCCUGGUUGCGUCCGGGGACAAUAAAGUCUCCACAAAGGAUGCCUUUACGCUGUUCGAAAAUCACAGUGGAUGGGCGGCCAAUGGGUGGGCAUUUAUGCUGGCUUUCACCGCUCCCAUGUGGACGUUGACUGGUUAUGAUUCGGCUGCCCACAUCUCUGAGGAGACAUCAAAUGCUGGGCGGGCGGCGCCAAUUGCUAUAUUGGUGGGAGUUGGAGCUACAGCAAGCUUCGGAUGGCUUCUACUAAUCGCAACCUCAUUUGUGGUCCUAUCGGUUGAUGAUCUAUUAACCACGACCCUUCCACUUCCGAUGGGACAAGUUUUUCUCAAUGUGCUUGGAAAGUCGGGAAUGCUUGCGAUCUGGUCAUUCAUCAUUGUAGUUCAGUAUGUCACUGGAGCUGCUCAAGGGGUUGACGCUUCGCGUGUUGUCUUUGCCUUCGCAAGAGACAACGCAUUGCCUGGGUCUCGUUGGUGGAAGAAGAUGAAUAGAUACGCGGUGCCGGGCUACGCCGUCUGGUUCGUCAUGUUUUGGUCGGCCAUCAUCGGUCUGCUCGGAUUCUCGGUCACUGCCCUCACAUCGUUGGCAGGGGCCUCAGUCAUUGGAUUAUACACGUCUUAUGCUGCCCCCAUUUUUCUUCGUAUAACAUCAGGGCGCGAUAAGCUGGAGCCUGGAUCGUUCACCUUGGGGCGCUGGGCAGUGCCAAUCGGUGCAGUCGCUGUAGCGUGGGUUAGCUUUGUCGUGGUACUCCUCCUUUUCCCUCCUUCGAAAGCGGUCGAUGCAGAAAGCAUGAAUUAUGCGGUUGUUAUCGUCAUGUCGGUAUUCAUAUUCGCCUCGGUUUCAUGGGUCGUUUCUGCUCGCCACUGGUUCCAUGGACCGGUCAGAACGGUCGAGGAAUCCAGUGAUGGAUCAAUGUGA